UCGAAAGCUUGAAUCCCUUCUCACCAGUUCGUGAGAAGAAGUGAAAACACCUUUUCUCAUCACACUUUUUAGUUCUUCCAUCAAUGGAUUCUUUCUCUUCUUCUUCUUCAGCAGCAAUGGCGCAGCAAACAUGGGAGCUCGAGAACAACAUAGUAAACAUGGAAACCCCGUCGGUGGAUUCCGACGCUAUUUACUUCUAUGAUGAGGCCGGACAGGCCAAGUUCCAACAAGAGAAGCCAUGGGCAAACGAUCCUCACUACUUCAAAAGGGUUAAGAUUUCUGCUCUCGCGUUGUUGAAGAUGGUCGUUCAUGCCCGUUCAGGUGGAACCAUUGAAGUGAUGGGGUUGAUGCAAGGGAAGACCGAUGGUGAUGCGAUUAUCGUCAUGGAUGCCUUCGCAUUACCCGUUGAAGGCACAGAAACUAGGGUUAAUGCCCAAGCAGAUGCGUAUGAAUAUAUGGUCGAUUAUUCGCAGACUAAUAAGCAGGCCGGGCGGUUGGAGAAUGUGGUCGGGUGGUAUCACUCUCAUCCUGGUUAUGGAUGCUGGCUUUCGGGUAUUGAUGUUUCAACGCAGAUGCUUAACCAGCAAUUCCAGGAGCCAUUUUUGGCGGUUGUUAUUGACCCGACAAGGACUGUUUCUGCUGGGAAAGUUGAGAUUGGAGCUUUCCGGACCUACCCUCAAGGGUAUAAGCCUCCGGAUGAGCCAGUAUCGGAGUAUCAGACUAUUCCUCUAAAUAAGAUCGAAGACUUCGGUGUACACUGUAAACAGUAUUAUUCACUGGAUAUAACCUAUUUCAAGUCUUCUCUUGAUUCCCAUCUGUUGGAUCUGCUAUGGAACAAGUAUUGGGUGAAUACUCUUUCUUCUUCUCCAUUGUUGGGGAACAGAGACUAUGUUGCUGGCCAAAUUUCGGAUCUUGCUGAAAAGCUGGAGCAAGCAGAAAAUCAAUUAGCUCAUUCACGGUUGGGAGCUUUUCUAGUACCCUCUCAAAGAAAGAAAGAGGAAGAAUCUCAACUAGCUAAGAUCACUCGUGAUAGCUCAAAGAUAACGGUCGAGCAGGUGCAUGGUCUCAUGUCACAGGUUAUCAAGGACAUACUUUUCAACUCGGUGCAUCCGUCCAACAGAUCUCGAGCAACGGUGACAGAAUCAUCUGGCCCUGAACCUAUGGUUGAAACCUGAUGUUGGCCCAAUAUAAUAGCAUCAGCUGCACAUUUUACCUUUGAUGUUACAUUCCCUUAAUGUAAUUGUCAAGACAUCUGAAGAUUCUGAACGCCUAGAAGGGUUUUUGGUCAUUUCUGUUGAUGUAAAUACAUUUUGCUGCUUCUCACUAACAUUUUGGGAAUUCAUUGAUUUGCUCAUUAUGGAAUGCACUCUGAACCACCAUUUCAGAUUACUUA